AUGUUUUUAUUUGCUCAAUCUAAUCGACGAGAUCUACAACCAUUACAUCCACAAAUUAAUUAUAAUCGUUUUCCUCAUAAUAUCGAUUCAAAUAAUAUACCUCGUCUUGGUCUACAUCAAUUGCCAUCAAUAUGUUUAUUUACAUUAAAAACUACAAAACAAAUAAUUAAUUGUAUAACUCUAUCAAAUGAGUGUCGUCUAUUAGCUAUUGGUUUUCAAUCAUCAGAAAUUUUGAUAUGUUCAUUAAAUUCUAAUAAUAAAUUGUAUUCAAUGAAAUAA